GCACUACUUGGACUCAGGAAUUGGUCUGGUUACUUUCAAAUGAUUUGGAUUACAAAACGGCCGCAGCCAUUCCACUUACAGAAAGAUAUCCAUUUUUGGAUUUAUUCAUGUUCGCCGAAUAA